GCAGCGGUGAAUGAUGACAGGAGCCCGUCAUUGGAAUUUUAUGAAAAAUGUAGCAAUAUUGGCGCUUCUGUCCUCCUUAAAUUGUGGUGGUCCGGCGCAUUCUUUUGAUGCAAAACAGCCAAGACCUCCCGCAAAUCGGCCCGGUCGGGCGUUGGCAAUCGGCAACAGUUCACCAAGAGCGCACGGACCACGUCCACGUCAACAUGCGCCGUACAGAUUUGUACCGCCACGUAUCGCGCGUUUACAAAGACAACGUGCUCCAAACCCGCAUAACCCUAGGCAAGUCUUGCCUACACCUGCAGAGAUUCACAACGAGCGCGGAGCGAGAGGAAUAUUGCCCGCGCCUCCUGUACUACGUCGAGGACAUCCUUUUGUAAAGCCCACACCUCAUCGUUCAUAUGACGAGUAUGAUCAUGACUAUGAAGAAGGAUGGCUCCGCAUACAUAACAAGUUUUAUCUAGGACGGUUGGAGGAACCGCCUGAGCCUAAGCUUCCCAAACCCCCUAAAUACUCUCAGGCACGUCACCCACGUUUACAGAAAGCUCUUGUGACUGAGCCACUGCCUCCGGCGCCAGCUGUCCUUGCUCCAGCAUACGGAACCGAUUAAAAUCAUUAAAAUGCAGUCACUGCGAAAAUAAAGACACGGAACAUUGACAACAUGGAAUACAACUGCGGAAUUCGCAUAAAUAUGGCUAAGGGCUGGCCUUCGAAUUAAAAAAAAAUCGCAUAAUUCAUGUUGCCACGAAGACAUCAAUAAGCAGGCGUAUCAGAUUUAUGUAGCUGCAAAGCAUGGGAAAUCCAAAAGAGGUGACGGCAUCUACAUUCAUGAACAGAAAUGGCAUUGAAAAAAUAUUCUUAAAACACUUUACGUAUUAACCUAAAUAAAUGA